AUGCACAGGGAGGAAGCGGAGAGAGCGGCGAACAAGGCAAUCGAGGCAAUGGAGAUGUGGCUCCAAAAUGCCGGUCUAAGCCUAGCCCCGCAAAAGACCGAAGCGGUACUGGUCAGCAGCUGCAAGGUGCUGGAAGCGGCGACAAUCCGGGGCAAGGCUGCAGCCACUAUCAGGGGCCUCGCCAGGAUCCUUCUAAACAGCAGAGGCCCCAAGCAGAACAGGAGAAGGUUCCUCGUGAGUGUUGCCUCGGCGCAAAUUUUGUAUGCAGCGCCCAUCUGGGCUGAGGCGAUGAAUACGCCCAGCUACAGGAGAGGGACAGUCUCCGACGGCGCCAUUCUGGUCAUUGCUGGGAUGGUUCCGCUGAAGGAGCGCGCUCGAGAGCUCAAGGAGCUUAAGGAAACCCGUGCUAGCAAUGAGGGUGCCGGCGGCACCCCCAAUACAGCUGCAAGGGAGGACGCCAAGGAGAGGUCGCUCACAGCCUGGCAGGAUUGCUGGGACGCGUCGACGAAGGGAAGAUGGACUCACACCCUCAUUCCUAACCUUAGAAGGUGGGUGCUGCGAAGCCACGGGCAGGUCGUCUUUUACCUGACCCAGGUCUUGAGUGGACAUGGCUGCUUCGGGCCAUACCUGAAGCGUUUUGGCCACGCGGAGGAUGACUGGUGA